UCCCCUCUUUCGACCAAACCCUUGAAUCAAGUUCCGAUGGCGGAUAGUCCGAUCCCAAAGCUCCAAACCUUCGUGGAGAUCAAGUCGAUUCCACCACACUCAUUUGCGAGAAUGUCGACUGAACUCAGCACGGAAGAGUUGCUCAAGGAGCACAGAAUUCCAUUCCCCUUUUUCAGGCGGAUUUCCGAGAGAAAGGAGAGCACAUGGAUCAUCUCUCUGUUCGUCAUCCUGCAUUUGAUCGCUUUCGUCACAACCAUGGCUGUGAAUGAUUGUUGGGGAAAUUCUCACGCUCAGUGUGCCUUCAAGCAACUCGGUAGGUUCUCGUUUCAGCCGCUGUCGGAGAACCCCCUGCUCGGCCCCUCGGCCUCUACGCUGGACAUAAUGGGGUCGCUUCGACUAAGGUAUCUGGAAAAUGAUAAACAAUUAUGGCGUCUUUUCACAAGUCCAUGCUUGCAUGCAGGCGUUUUCCACCUUAUCAUCAGCCUCUCUAGCAUGACUUUUGUUGGAAUUCACUUGGAGCAAGAGUUUGGACCAUUAAGGAUUGGAGUUAUCUACAUACUUUCUGCUCUUACGGGUUCUUUGCUAGCAGCCCUAUUUCUACAAGACAGGCCUUCAGUAGCUUCGUCCGGGGCAUUAUUUGGAUUGCUUGGUGCCACGCUAUCUGGGCUUAUCCAGAAUUGGAAAGUUUACUCCAAAAAGUUUGCAACUCUCAUUGCCUUUGCCACAAUCUUAUUGCUAAACUUCAUCCUUGGCCUGAUGCCACUCAUCAACAACUUUUCAAACAUUGGAGGAUUUAUCUCCGGCUUCACUGCUGGUUUCAUGCUCCUGUUUAAACCCGAAACGAGGAAACUGCACCUAAACAGAAGAGGCAUUUUUGAUUAUGAUGUCAAGAGCUCCAUCAAACUUGAGAGGAAGUUGGACAUGCGAACUUCAAGGAUUGUUUCUCUUGUCGUCCUCAGCCUUCUAGUUGCAGGAAGUGUUGUGGCCCUUCUCCAACACAUGAAUUUGAACAAAUACUGUGCCUGGUGCAAGUACUUGGAUUGUGUCCCCUCUAGAUGGUGGAGCUGCAGUGACCAAACAAUGGAAUGCCAGGCAAUGGUAAGUGCAGCACAGUUGACUCUGACUUGCUCCAUCAAUGGCAAGUAUAGGGUGCUUCCCUAUGCUAAUGUUUCACAUGCUAGGAUUGAAGAUCUCUGCAACCUCCUGUGCUCAUAGAAGGCCGCUUUUCUCUCUACAGCUACACGGGUGGAUGAACACAACACAAUGAUGUGCACGCACAGAACCAAAAUUAUCUUGCGGAGUAGCAUUCUUCGGCAAAGCAACAUGACAGUCGUUGUAAUGUGUGCUAUAUUGGUGCCUGCUGGUAUUUCUGCUCUGUGGCUCAGAUACAGCACUUACCCUGUUUUCUGCUACAUGACACUAGUUGAAUUCUGGGAAUUUUGAGGUGGAAACGUUCCAAUGUGAAGUUUUAGCAUGGUUCCAGUCGUUUGUUGCAUACAAUUCAAACAAAAUGAUAUGUUAGUAUAUUUGGCUGCUGGCAAAUAAUGGUCGGUGCUCUGUGAUUUUUUGACAUUUGGAUGACGAUUGACAGGAUGUUGGGGUCUGAGGCAGUUUGAUGAAUUGCUUCCGUGCACCAUAAUA